GGCUCAAUUGGAAACAAUAAAAAAAUUAUAAAAGUCGGAGUGUGAAAGAAUAAUAACUGGUGUAGAAUGAAGACGCUCCUUAUCUACUGCUGUCUGCUCUCAAGUGAGAUCUGUCUAUUGUCUUCAGAUAUUAUUUUGUCUGUAUGUUUUGUUUUUCUGUUUGCUGUGGCUUCACCUUCCACUAAUAAGGUUGUUGGAGGUCACGUCACUUUCCCCUGUUCAUUCUCAUGGGCUUCAACCAACAACAAGUACUUCUGCAAGGAGCCGUGUUCUGUUGAAGAUAUUCUGGUUGAAACUAAAGGGAGCAGGAAUGUAACUCAAGGUAGAUACAGUAUAGAAGACGAUGGAAAUGGAGUCGUCACUGUGACCAUCAAGGACCUGAAGAAGUCAGACUCUGGGACAUACUGGUGUGGAGUGGAGAGAUCUAUAAAGGACUCAUACCAAGAGGUGCAUCUGACAGUUACAGAUGUUAUAAACCCAACUGUCAACCCUAGACCUCAUGUCUCCACAACACUCCCAAACCUCUCAACAACAUCUAACAACUCUGCAACAGUACCAAACCUCUCAGCAACAUCCUUGGAUAUACAUACAACGCUUCUGACAUUUACAAACAUCCAUGGUCUCUCUUCAUCAGGAGAAGGUACUACUUCAUACUCUAAUGGUACAGGGAGUGCUGGUAAUGUUUAUGCAUUUCAUGUCAUGCUUUCCCUCCUAAUGUGGAUCAGUACUGGUCUGGUAGUCAUGGUGAUUGUGUUAGGACUCAUACUGGUCCUGUUCUACAUAAAGAGGAGAGGAAGCAAGAGACCAAAACCACUUCAACCUGUCUGCAAUAACGCCAAUACCACCCCUAGUGGAGAGACUGUUUGUUUGUACGAUGAGAUCAGAGAGGAAGAUGGACAAACUGAAACACUCCCUGAAAUCAUCUCUUCCUCCUCUACAACCAACCCUGCUGACACUGACUGUACCCAAGAUAUAAAUACAUGCUACUCUACUGUGGACUUCCCUAAAGAUCACAUCAACACAAUCUGCUCUCCUGCAGAUCCCCCAGAUGCUACUGUCUACUCCUCUGUGCAGCAAUGCAAUGAUUCUGGAACCUCCAACAGCCAGUAGAACUCAGGAUGUGUCCAUCUAUUCUACUGCCUAAAUAUUCUAGAACCUCCUUAUUCACUCCAACAGCCAGUAGAACUCAGGAUGGUUCCAUCUAUUCUACACCCUUAAUAUUCUAAUGUAGAACCUCCUUAAUCACCUCAACAUCAAGUGGACCUAAUGGAUCUUACAUCUAUCUACACUUCUGUCACUCUGUAUGUUGUAAGCACAAAGUGAAGAUCUUCUGGAAAGUUUUCCACCGAUGGCAUGUAUUCAUAUUUUACCAGCAGUAAUGUUUUUCCACCAAUUGUAAUGUUGCAAAUGUAAAUCAGAGUUAAGACAUAGUGAAUUUAUAAAAUGUACCACGUACCGUAUACAAAUCAA